UGUCUGCUGCUCCACAAUAAUCCUAAAGAGCUCUUCAUACAAUUACUUGGAUACAGGCAGACACUAAUGACAAAGAUGCUAACAACCCUAACAGCUUCAAAUGAGAAACAUGGCAUUGAGGAUAUGAAGGUGGUAAUAUCAGCUGGUUUUCUUUGUCAGUCUAAUUUAUGUCUAUAAUUAACCUCAGAGGAUGGAGGGGUGGGUGGCACAUCUGUAUAAAAACACACAUCCCGUAUCAGAGAGUAAAGGGACCAUCGACAUUGAAGUCCAUCAGAUACAUGGCAUUUGUCCACAACAAGACCGGGGCAGCAUCCAGAAGCAUGGACUGCACAGCCAAGAGAGUUCAGCUGCUCCUCUUCAUGGCGCUGCUGGCGCACCUGGCGCGGGACGCGGAGGGCGUGGCCACCUGCUGCUCGAGCGCGUCAAGGUCCUGCAAAUUAUACGAGAUUCUGUGCCGCGCGGGACGCCGAAACGACACGUCCAUCGCCAGGCAUAUCGGCCGCUUUAAUAACGACGCGGCAGUCGGGAUCCUAACGCUUGGCAAGCGUAAAGUGGGCGAGAGACGCGUCCAGGACCGGCUGCAGCAGCUGCUGCACGGUUCGCGGAAUCAGGCCGCGGGAAUCCUGACGGUGGGAAAGAGACUCGAGGACCCGCUGCAGGAUCUGAUGCCCAGGCCACCGGAGGAUCUGGACGCUUAUGAAACACGAUGACACGUGUUGCUUUUUAAAACCACUGCAGAGCUGCUCAUUGUUGACGUUAAUUUGUAGUCCACUACAGAAAGCUAAUUCUUAAUGGGAUUUUGAAAUAACGUUUUUGAUUUGAUUACGAAAAAAUUGUUUAUGAUUAUGA